GCAUCACCACCGUCACGAUUCAAUCAGCCAUCACACUUUCACCCCUCCCAGGUCUCCCAUUUCUUUCUUUAUCCACCACUAGACAGGAAGGACCAUGCACACCUCCGGCCUCACCAACGCCCCCAUCUCCAAAAUCCUACUCAUCUACACAAUCGCCUCGUCGAUAGCGCUUUCCAUCCUCGACAUCAAACAUCUCGCCAGCAUCCACGUCUCGCCGCAUCUAUGGCAGUACGGCCAAUUUUGGCGCGCGCUGAUAUGGCAGGGCGCUGGCUUUGCAAACUCCACUGAGGCGUUGUUUGCGGCCAUGUUGGCGUAUCAUUUACGGGUUGUUGAGCGGGCGUGGGGGAAGAGGAAGAUGGCGACGUUCCUUCUCUCCACACUCCCGUAUACGACACUCCUCCCUCCACUCCUUCUAGCUCUCGUCCUCCGUCCCCUCACCCUCAACACCCUCAAUUACCUCCCCUCGGGCCCAACAGCUACCAUGUUCGCCUUGCUAGCCCAAUACCACGCCUCAAUCCCGCAUACAUUCCGCUACCGCAUCGCAACAACCACCUCAUCAUCCACAGAGACAAAACCCCCAACCGACACCUCCCCGUCCUCACCAAACGGAACGACAGCAUCAACCCCAUCCUCUUCCUCCUCCCUCACCCUCCUCCUAUCCGACAAAUCAACAACCUACCUCAUCGCCUCCCAGCUCGCCCUCUCCCAGUUCCCGACUAUGCUUCUCCCCUCGCUCGUGGGCUGGUUCGUGGGUCUCGCCUGGCGCGCUGAGCUCCUCCCCGGUUUAUCGCCGUGGGGGUGGGGGUGGAGAGUGCCUGCUUGGGUUGUGGGGGAGAGGGAGACGAUUCGGCGCGGGCAGAACUCUGCUUCCGGCGAGAGUGAGCGGUAUGAGGAUUUGAGGAGGAGGUUGGAGGGUGAGGCUGCUGCGGCUAGUAGUGGGAGUAUGAGUGGUGUGUCGGGCUCCGGGGAGCAGAGGCAGAGAAGGGGUGGUGGGGUUAUGGAUAGGUUGAGGGGGGUUUUUUAGGUGUUAUUUUACUUUUUUUUUUUUUUUACUUUCUCUCUCACGGACAUUCUUUGGGAGUCUGUUGUUCUAUAAGAUAGGAUUCAGAAUCAAAAGGUGGUCGUCUUGUAUACAAUCAUUGAUUUGUUGACGCUAUAUGGCAAUGUGUCGCUCUGACAUAUAACAACUGGUCCUGUAGCUCA